AUGAAGGAUGAGAAGAUGUCGAACUGGACGAAGAGUCUGAGCCCUGUCAUAAGUUUGUUUAGCGACAAGGUCUUCCCAGAUGCCCGGGCAAUGCUCAAUGAGUGCAAGGAAAAUUUCCACUUCGACCUUGUGAGGGUUCAGAAAGAUCUUGGCCUCGAUUUCCUAGGCACUAUUAGACUUGUCAACUACAUUCGCUCAGAGGUCAAGACUGGGAAUUUGACCCCUGACGUAUCCUCUGCGGCCCUGUUCGAUGACGAGCAAUACUUGAGACCUGUGCUGGAGGAUGAUGCGCUUCUAUAUAACUUGGAUGACUUGUCUGAGGAAUAUGACCUUGGCCGAAAUGACGUAAGAAAGGGCUGUCCUGGAUCAAAGGAGGCAGAAACAGAUCCAAUAUCUCGGAUUAGAGAACUCGAGGAUGAACUGGACCGUAUGCGCAGCGACUUCGAGGAGUACAAGACGAUUGUUAAGCGGUCUUUGGACAAGGAACUAAACGGCGCACUUUCAAGCACAGCUGCAAAGACUGAAGCUUCAGGCUCUAGUAAAUUCCACGAAGCUGAGUCAGAAUAUUUCAAAUCCUAUUCGUAUAAUGGUAUACACGAGUCCAUGCUCAAGGACUCUGUCCGCACGGAUGCCUAUCGGGAUUUUAUAUAUGAUAACAAAAGUCUGUUCAAGGACAAAAUCGUACUUGAUGUCGGAUGCGGAACGGGUAUCUUGUCCAUGUUUUGCGCAAAAGCCGGCGCGAAAAUGGUCGUUGCGGUUGACAAUUCAGAUAUCAUUGACCGGGCACGCGAAAUCGUAUAUGACAACGGAUUUGGGGAUGUGAUUAAAUGCAUCCGUGGCAAAAUUGAAGAAGUAGAGCUACCAGUACCACAAGUCGAUAUUAUCGUGUCCGAAUGGAUGGGAUACUGUCUCCUUUUUGAAGCGAUGUUCGACUCUGUUAUCUGGGCCCGAGAUCGCUACCUCGCACCAGAUGGGCUUAUGGUUCCUUCACAUACCACGCUCCAAAUCGCACCCUUGGCUAAUCCAGACCUCGUAGAUUCACACAUAACCUUCUGGAACUCAGUCUACGGGUUUAAAAUGUCCAGCAUGCUUCUCAAUAUAUACGAUGAGGCCCUUGUCCGAUGUAUCGAGAAGCCAGAAGAAUCCAUCGUUGCGAAAGCAUCGCCAUUCUUACAACUGCCUUUACACACAAUAACUGUCCAGGAGCUCACGUUCAUCAAGGAAUUUGAAGUAACGCUCCGCACGGAUAUCGAUGCAUUGGACGGCUGGGCUAUAUGGUUUGAUACCUUUUUUAUGCCGUCGAGGACGUCGAAGGUGGCUGAUAAUGCGGUGCCGCGCGAUAUGAAGAAGGAAGGAUUUGUCGCGUUCUCGACGGGUCCGUUCGACCCUGAGACCCAUUGGCAACAGGGGGUGUUUUUGAUAAACCGUGGAAAAACACCAGCAAUGCCGCUAAUGAAGGGACAGGUUAUCAAGGGACAUGUGGAGUAUAGGAAAAAGGAUGAUAAAUCUCGGCUCUUGGAUAUUAGGAUUGACUGGGAUAUAGAGGGCGUUGAAAGCGGACGGCAGGAGUGGUCUCUAUAA